UUACAGUUUUAUUUUCGAUGUUGUAUACUAUACAAGUUAAUAUAUAUUUUUGUUUAUAAAAUAAAUUUAACAAAGUUAAUUUCAUUUUUGGAACAAAACAAAUUGAUUGUAAAAUUUGUGCAUAUGGCAAGUAGCAAUAAUUUAUUCACUAUUGGCAACGGAGACCUUAGGGACAAGUCUAACCCUAUAAAAUUGGUAGUAGUUGAGCUGAAGUUGACAGUAGUAUAUACAGAAGUUAGUAAGGAGAAUUGCAUUAAUUGCAAUUUUAUCGAAGACUUGUAACACAUCUCUUUUUCUCAGACUAUUUUUUAUUAUGUUGCUAUAAAAUAAUAAUAGUUCCAAGGACUUUCCAUUCAUUUGCUUAAAACGUGCUAGUGUUGAUGACAAUGCAUGGUUUAUGUAAAAAUUAUUGGUAACAAUUUAAUACUAUAUGAAAAAUUAUUUUGAUUCAGUAUAAGAAAAAUUAAACAGACGUAAUUAACAAAUAAUACAACGUUUAUUUAAUUACAAAAUUUAUAUGAAUAUAUUUUAAUAAAAUAGUUGACAAAUUCAAUAUUAUGAACGGACUUGUAUCGUAAGUGAAUAAAAAAUGUUACAAUUGGACAAGCUAUUAAUUUUAUUAAAAACUUAACUGCUUUUUAAUCUUUAUUUAUAAAUUUGAUCAUUAUGGCUGAUCGUUUAACACAAUUGCAAGAUACAAUAAAUCAGCAAGCAGAACACUUUUGUAAUAGUGUCGGUAUCUUGCAACAAUAUUCUACACCAAGCAAAUUUCCAGGUUUUGAUAGAAUUGGUACUCCGCAACCUCAUCAAUCACAAGAAGAUUACGCAGCAUUGUUUGCAACUUUAAUAGCAAGAUGUGCUAAGGAUAUUGAUACAUUAAUAGAAAGUCUUCCAAGCGAAGAGGCAUCACAAGAACUUCAAGUAGCUAGUUUAAGUCGUUUAGAACAAGAAAACCAAGAAGCUGGUAAACAACUUGAAGAAGUAGUAAGACAAGGAGAAGCCUUACUUCAACGAAUUCAAGCAGCUUUGCAGGAUAUUGCUCAAAGCCAACUAGAUAUGCAAAACCCAGCAUCAACUGCUGUACUUAAUAUCAAUUUAAACCCUGCAAUGACCUUUAAGCAAGAAAAUUUAAGUUCCACGAACUCUGUGCCUUCCAAUAAUGUGCACCAACUUUCAAGUUCAUCUCCAAGUUCAAUGAAUCAAUAAUAUAAUUAAUUAUUUUAUGUAAAUUUUCGACCAGCACUUUUAAUGAAUUUAUUAUCAAUUUAAUUUAAUUCGUAAUGUUGUAAUUAUAUUAAUAUAAUCUGCAUAUUUCGUAUACAUAAAUUAUUCUUACAAUAUAAAUAUAAAUAUAAAAACGAA